AUGGGCGACUGGAAAGAUGGUAUUCUUCUAAAGAUUGCGAACGUGGUGGUGUAUUUUGCCUUUCUCGGAUCGAAUAUUUAUACCGUUGCUGGUCCCGAAGGCGUGUACCGCUCGGGCAAAGAAACCUAUUUCACUCCGGCACCUUAUGCAUUCGGCAUCUGGUCUCUGAUCCAUUUGCUCUUGCUCGGGUUCAUCGUGUACCAGUUUACGGAUAAUGGCAAAAAGACGAUUAUCGACGGGAUUGGCUGGAGGUUCCCGUUGUUGGCGAUUGUGAAUACUGUUUAUGUCAAUGUUUGGACCAAGGGACAUUAUAUUGUUGCGUUUAUCUUUGCGUUGUUUGUGUCGAGCACGGUGUCGCAUAUUUAUUAUAUCGUCAAGAAGCACCAUUCGAGCGAGAGCGUCAAUGACGAAUUGUGGAUCCAUCUUCCGUUUUCGCUCUAUCACGGAUGGACGACCGUGCUUGUGAUUGUCACCGCGUUUGAAGCGUUUGGUGUGAAUGCGCUGACCACCCUGCCGGUGUGUUCACCAAGGUUUUCGUCUUUCUCGCUUUCGACCGCAGCAGCAUACGCCUUCCAGUCCGAGGAAGGUGAUAUUGGCGGGUCGAUUGCUAUUACCUGGGCGCUGUUUGCUAUUUACGAGCACCAACGGUCGUCUCAGUUUGUGCACUGGUCGGCACUCGCGUUUGCGAUUAUUUCGUUGUUCUCGAUCUUGAAGAGCCUGUACGCGCGUACGUUUGGCAGGCGGGGAUCGGGUGUGUUGCAUGAUGAGGAGCGUGCGCCGUUGGUGUCUGGUAACUAG